UGGACUAUGAAAGAUUAUGAUGAACUUCUCAAAUAUUAUGAAUUAUAUGAAACGAUUGGUACAGGUGGCUUUGCAAAGGUCAAGCUUGCCUGUCAUAUCCUUACAGGAGAAAUGGUAGCUAUAAAGAUCAUGGAUAAAAAUGCGCUAGGGAAUGAUUUGCCCCGAGUCAAAACUGAGAUAGAUGCCCUGAAGAAUCUGAGACAUCAGCAUAUAUGUCAGCUCUACCAUGUGCUUGAGACAAAAAACAAAAUAUUCAUGGUUCUUGAGUACUGUCCAGGAGGAGAGCUGUUUGACUACAUAAUCUCCCAGGACCGCCUGUCAGAAGAGGAGACCCGGGUCGUGUUCCGUCAGAUACUGUCUGCUGUUGCGUAUGUCCACAGCCAGGGCUAUGCCCACCGGGACCUCAAACCAGAAAAUUUAUUAUUUGAUGGAUAUCAUAAACUAAAACUGAUUGACUUUGGUCUCUGUGCAAAACCCAAGGGCAACAAGGACUAUCAUCUACAGACGUGCUGUGGAAGUCUUGCUUAUGCAGCUCCUGAACUAAUACAAGGCAAAUCCUAUCUUGGAUCAGAGGCAGAUGUUUGGAGCAUGGGCAUCCUCUUAUAUGUGCUUAUGUGUGGGUUUCUACCAUUUGAUGAUGAUAAUGUCAUGGCUUUGUACAAGAAGAUUAUGAAAGGGAAAUAUGAGGUUCCUAAGUGGCUGUCUCCCAGUAGCAUUCUGCUUCUCCAACAGAUGCUUCAGGUGGACCCAAAGAAGCGGAUUUCUAUGAAAAAUCUCUUGAACCAUCCCUGGAUCAUGCAAGACUACAACUGUCCCGUUGAGUGGCAAAGCAAGACGCCUCUGACUCACCUUGACGAUGAUUGCAUAACAGAGCUCUCUGUACAUCACCGCAACAGCAGGCAAACAAUGGAGGAUUUAAUUUCAUUGUGGCAGUAUGAUCACCUCACAGCCACCUACCUUCUGCUUCUAGCCAAGAAGGCUCGAGGGAAGCCAGCUCGUCUACAGCUUUCUUCCUUCUCCUGUGGAACCCCCAGCACCACUCCAAAGUCAAAGAAUCUAAGCCUGGACGAUAUAACCACUAAUGAUGAUAACUGUGCGGCUGGAUUAAUAGACUAUGACUUCUGUGAAGAUAAUUUAUUAGCUCACCAGACACUACAGGUUACCAAACAUUGGGCAGAGUCAAAUGAUGUGGUAUCUAAAUCACCAACUCCAGUAGUAUGUAGAGCACUGGCAAAUAAAAUAAAGGACCAAGAGAAUGUGUGCACUCCCAAGUCUGCUGGGAAGAAUGAAGAACACUUUGUAUUUCCUGAGCCCAAGACGCCAGUUAGUAAGAACCAGUAUAAGAGAGGAAUACUUACCUCACCCAACUGCUACACAACACCUACUAAAGCUAGACAGCAGUGCCUGAGAGAAGCCCAAGUUAGAACGCCAGUGAAUUCCGCAGGAGCAGACACGUUGAUGACAAGUGUCAUUAGCCCUGAGAGGAGGUGCCGAUCAAUGGAAGUGGAUCUCAACCAGACACACUUGGAGGAUACCCCUAAAAGGAAAGGAACCAAUGUGUUUGGGAGCCUUGAGAGAGGAUUGGAUAAGGUUCUCACUGCACUCACCAGGAGCAAAAAGAAGGGGUCUGCCAAAGACGGGCCAAGAAGACGAAAGCUGCACUAUAACGUGACUACAACUAGGCUGGUGAAUCCCGACCAGCUCCUGAGUGAAAUAAUGGCUGUUCUUCCAAAGAAAAAUGUGGACUUCGUACAGAAAGGUUACACACUAAAGUGUCAGACACAGUCUGAUUUUGGCAAAGUGACAAUGCAGUUUGAACUAGAAGUGUGCCAGCUUCAGAGGUCUGACGUGGUGGGUAUCCGGAGACAGCGGCUUAAGGGUGAUGCCUGGGUUUACAAGAGAUUAGUGGAAGAUAUUCUGUCUAGCUGUAAGAUGUGAUUGAUGGGUGGCUUCCGCCCUGCCUGGAAGAAUGUGGGUGGUGCUGCACACGAGACCGUGUGGUUGGUUGGAUUUUCAAGCCCAUUGGAGCUACAAGCUUAUUUCUAAAUAGCCACCUUCAAGACCAGUGCCUUUUUGCUUUUCAACAAAAAUUUUCAUUUUGUGGCUGAAUCCCCAGCAACUCUGCUGUCAUUAUCUGUUACUCUCCUUUUCUAAUCAUGUAGCUUGCUGUGCUAGUGACUGUCAGUUUCUCUGUAUUCACUUCCAGAGGGGAUGCCAGCUCUUCCUGUGACUCAUUUUGAUGUACAGUUUCUUUCUGAGCUAAAACCAUUUGUGAAUAUAUCAGGCAUCUUUUUGUAUCUGUUUUUGAUCCAAAUAAAACCUCG